AUGAAGGAUACUAACAGCUUAUAUCUUUCUAUAGAUGAAGAGGACAUAGAAACAGGCCUUUGCAUUUUAGAUUUACUAGGUUUUAAUGAUGAAAACAAGACUGAGCCACUUUGCAUCAAUUUUAAUCGCAUUAAAUCCCGCCUCACAGUAUAUCAAAACCCAUCUGCUGAUAAACAAACAUACUGUUUACCUCUAUACCACAGUGUGCGCUGUCCUGCGCGCCGCUAUACCCAAGAGCUCGGCAACAACCUUACGAUCCCCAAACUUAUAAAAGUCUCAGCCUGCGUCGCAAUAGAAAGCACAGACAAUAAAAUCCUCCUAGCCCGCAAAACUGAAAUUCUUGACCUUUUCCCCAAAUAUUGAGGUUUUCCAGGAGGCAAAACAAAUCAUCGAGAAAACCCUAAAGACUGCGCCAUAAGAGAAGCUAUAUCCCAAACCGGUAUUCCCUUCAAAAUUUCUCCUGACGGAGUAUGAUAUAGCAAUCAGCUUGUUGAGAUCGAGCCUAUUUUACUAUAUGAAAACUUGUACCCAAAUGAUUUAAACAUAGGCCUAAUGAGAGCUCAGCAUGUUACAAUGUUUUUCAGGGCCAAAAUUCCGGUGGCUUCUCAUGAAAUUGCGUUAAAUUUGCAGCAAAAUGAAAUAGAUUUUGCAGUUUGGCUGGCGAAGGAUGAGUAUGAUGAUAUUAAAAUGGAUUAUAAUGGGACUUUAGAAGGACUUCUAAGAAGUAGAAGAAGCAUGCAGAUAAAUUACAGCCAGCUUGCAGGGGUAGCCCCAAAUUCAAUAGGAGAAGGAAUUUCUGAAGGACACAAAAUAGCGCUUGAUAUUAUUUUUUCAGCACAAUAA